AUGGCUAACUCCAAGCAGCUAUUCAUUAGUCUUGCAAUUAUAGCAAUUUUUGUCCCUUCAAUAUCAGCAGUUGAAUAUGUGGUGGGAGAUGAGAAAGGUUGGACUAUCAACUUUGACUACCAGGCUUGGGCUCAAGGAAAGGAAUUCCAUGUUGGUGACAAACUAGUGUUCAAGUAUCGAGAGGGAGAUCACAAUGUGUUCAAAGUUGACGGUGUUGGGUUCAAAGAAUGUGUGCCACCAGCUGAUGAUACAUCGGCCUUAACUAGUGGAAACGAUGUGAUUACAUUGACAACUCCCGGAAGGAAAUGGUAUAUUUGUGGUGUUCCUCAACACUGCCAAGUGGGAAAUCAAAAGCUUCUUAUUACUGUCAUUCCUGAUAUUGAUGACGUGGCAUCUCCUACCCCUUCUUCACCCUCUCCUUCGCAAGAUAUUCAACCAUCUAGUUCAAAUAUUCUUAACUCUUUCUCAACACUUGCCUUCAUCACCACUUUGCUCCUCAUACUUGGCGUUCUAGGAGUUUUCUUUGGUUAA